AACAAAUUUGCAUUAAAGUUUCUUUCAAUCAGUGGCAAAAAAAAUCGUAUUUGCUCGCAUCCAACGCCAAACAAGUCGAAAAUUUCCGUUUUUAUGCACUCUCGACGCAGCUGAGACCCGAAAUUGGUGCACCAUGAAUGAAGAAUUGUCCAAAAUUUGUCGAAUUUGCUUGGCAGAAGGUUCACAAAACAUUUUCCAUCAUAAUCGUCGAAAUGUCGACUCGAUUUCCUCGCUUGAUCGGAUUCUGGAAAAGCUGAGAUUCGUCACAAUGUUAAAGAUUCAGCCAACGGAUUGUCUCCCGGGCAUGAUUUGCGACUCUUGCAUCGUGCAACUGAACGUCGCGUACAGUUUCAAGAUGAAAGCGAUCGAAUCUGACACAAAAUUGCAUCAAUAUGCCAUCGAGAAGGGUUUUAGCAUGCAAGAAACGUCGUACAACUCACUUGCAAUAACAGAUGGUUCGUGCAAUUUCAUCGUUCCCGAACCGUUGCAUCAACAAAGAUCAAUUGCACACACUGUCAUCCAAUCGGAAUCCUCGACAGCAAUUCAACAAGAAUAUUUGCGACACUUUGAAACGCCUCAGAGUAUGGCAAGUACCCAAAAUCCCCCGACAACCGCGUCGCAACAAGCCCAAGGCAUCCAACAACCAUUCCGUUGCAUGCCAAUUCAGAUAAAAAUUGAACCUAUGGACGAUUACAUGGCAUCUUCGGAAGUUUCGCCCGCUGUGAGUGACGAAAAUUUACAAACUGUAUCCGAUUCGAGCAGCAUAAGGUCUAACGAAAACCUUUCCGGAUCAUCGAUGGUUUGUGUGAACAAAAAAACAAAAGACAAUAGCUCCGAUAAGAGUUUCGUAAAUGCCUACAUCAGUUCAGGGUCGUCUGACACAACAAAAAUGACAAGUACAACAAAUAGCCCGGAAGAGAAAAAGACGUCGUUACGCAGCUCCUCGAUCAAAUCGAGUCCUCGGAGCCCGUUGGAGAAGAAAAAAGUAGAAAAAACACAAGAAAGUCCUCCCGUAAAGACACGCCGCCUUCGCUCGAUGGAAGAUAUUAAAGCGAAAGAACAACCAAAACCGAAAAGAGGACGAAAAGCAAGAAAUAGCGAACCCGAUAUCUUAUUAAAUAGCUUCAACACAGUAAAAUUAGGAUCGACAAGCAAAAGGAAACAAAACGAAGAUAAUUCUCUGACGACAAAACGUGGAAGAAAAAUCUCCUUCAUUCAUGACUUGAGCAACAAUAAAAAACGAAAUGCCCAAAAUGCGGAAAAUUCGCCGAAAGAAGACAAAAGACGUAAAGAAGUUCGUGACAGAUUGAAGACAAAUAAGAAGACACGAACAUAAUGCAGGUUUUGUAUCGGAUGUCAUUUUUCAAUGCAUAAAGUUAAAUGGAAAAAUGACGAAAAAUAUAUUUUUAAGACUAUUUUGACCUAAAAUUAUUUAAAAAAAAAAAUUAGAAAAAAAUUUACAAAAAAAAAAUAUUUAUGAAAGGCUUUUCCUUUCAAUCGUCGAUUAAAAUUAAAAAAAAAAUUAAAAAAUCUAUUUUUGACCUUGACUGUAAAUAAAAAUCUUAAAUGUGCUUAAAAUCCCCCGCACAUCCUGUAAAUACAAAAAAAAACAAAUCACGUCGUAGAUAGAAAAGAAAGAACCAAGUACAAAUCACAGUUUGAUAGAAACUAAAAUAUCGAAGCGAACGAACGUUGUUACUCAGCGCACCUUUUUAAAUACUAAACACUUCAAAAAUAUCAAAAUUUGUUCAUGUUUUUAGAAUUUUCAAGAUGUUCCAUUUUGUUGAUGGAUGUUCCCUUAAAAUUACCGCAUACAUAUUAUACGAAAGAAACGCAGUGAUAAAAGUUUUUUGAAAUUGUUAAUGGAAUGAUAAGAAAAGAACUUUAAGUUGGAGAUUUGUUAUGAUAUUGAUGAGAUUUAUGCAAGAUAUUUACCGAAAAUACUUUUUUUUUUCAAACGAAAUUUCGUAAAAAAGAAAACUUUCUUAAAAAUUAUUUACAUGAAAAUACAUUUAAUGACUUAAGUCGACAUUAAGCAAUUAAGUUAAUAUUUAUAAUUAAUUAUCGCAACACUUA